GCGUGGACUUCGGGAAGAGCGCGCAGACGCAGUGAAUAGUAAUGGAAAGACGUUUUCCCCCCUUCUUCUAGAGUUUCGGUCUGCGAGCGAAUAGAGAGCAACACACAGAGUAUGAGAGAGAGAGAGAGAGAGAGAGAAGGGGUCAGAAAUCAGGUCCUCUAUUUUCCCCUCCCGUUUUCUCUUUCACAAUCGGAAACCGUCUCCCAUUCCAUUCCAACAGCCGGAAAUCAGGUCCUCUAUUUUCCACUCCCGUUUUCUCUUUCACAAUCGGAAACCGUCUCCCAUUCCAUUCCAACAGCCGGAAUGUCAAAAUAUGGUAUACCUCAAGUGGAAGCACAUGGUGGGUCGUCCUUCGAGGACGAAGACGAAGACGAAGAAUCAUCAUCAAAAGAAAUUGGAGAACGGCAAGUAUCUGAAUCAUCAAAGAAGCAAGAAGAAUAUGCAAUCGAAGAAGACGACGACUUCUCAACCGAAGAGGAAGAAGGAGUGGCGAAAUCUGUCACUAGGCCUUUAAAACGACAACUGAGUGGUGAAAAUAGCAUGCUUGGAUUGAAGAGGGUGAAGCGGGGAAUAGAGGACGAAGAUAGUAAUGUUGAGAAAGAAAAAGAAAAGGGGAAGUCCGGUGAAUUAAAAAGGGUAUUGUUUGAGAGAUUAUGGAGUGAAGAUGAUGAGAUUGACCUUUUAAAUGGCAUGAUCGAGUAUAACAAGAAGACAGGGUUAGAAGAGUUGAAUGAUUUUUUUGAUUUUAUCAAAAACUCAUUGCAUGUUAAUGUUAGAAAAGCUCAGUUGUCCGACAAAAUUAGAAGGAUGAAAAAGAAGUAUCAGAACAAUGCGAGAAAAGCUCAAGCAGGCAAGUUACCAAUGUUUUGGAAGGCGCAUGAGAAAAAAUCGUAUGAAUUGUCAAAGAAGUUGUGGGGCUGGGAAGAAGGGGAGAAGGAGCUUGCAACAUUGGAUAGGGUGGUGGUGAAGGAAGAGAAAAAGAGUGAUAAAGUGGGGUACUCACCACGUGGGUCCAACUCCAACUCCAACUUGAACAUGGAUGAAAAGCAGAAAAAACUUGAGGUGCGGCAACUUGAGCUUUUCUUAGAGGAAUUGAACUUAAAGAUCAAGCGGACGGAACUGGCUUUGGAGGUAAUGAAAUCGUCUUAAUGGAUGCCAGAGUGACUUAGUUCUUAUUAUUUUGAUGAUGAUAUGAUGUUUUUUUUUUUUUAGCCUUUGACUGCUUAAUUUUGUUGUGAGAUCAAUGGGUGAUGAUAUUGGUCUCUCUUGUUUGUUUGGUGAUGAAUGUGGGAUUGAUUGUCUUUUGCAUGGUAAUCAUGGUAAUGUAAUGUAAUGUUUUGAACGGGACUCUACUGGAGAUGUAUGUCAUUGCAUGCUGCCUGCUUAUAGGCUUCU